AUCUUGAAACAAAGUAUACAGAAACGUUUGUAACGCGUUUAUCGUGAAAAGCAUCAUCCUAUUAAACGUAAUUUAAGCAUUUUUCGCUUCAACGUUAUCUAGCUCGAUUAUUCAAGCGUCGCACGUGACAGGCCGGCUUUUAGAGAUGCAGUGAUGAUCGAUAACGAGUUGUGAUCAAUUAGCUACUUUGCGCGCAUUUGUUUACAUUGAUCCGAAAAAUUGAGUAUAGUGAAAAUGUAGCGCGAGUUGAGUCGACGCUAACGCGUUUUCAAAUGACCGCAGCUGCAGAAAACUAGAGCUGAUUGCAGGAUAGUUUUUAAUCAUAAAACUUGAACUUCAAUGGAAAAUCGAAAUAAACCGCUCGUGGACAUUUUUCGACAUACUUUUAUAGUUUAUGCGCCAUCAGCGAUGGGCGGAAAGUGCGGAUGACUCGGUAAUUUUUGUGAAUUUUCGAGAGUUUACGGGAUGAAGUGUUUCGCGAGAAUAGCGACCAGUGCGUUUAUCAAGUACUCGAUAUUGCUAUACCACUUGUCGAUAAGCGAGGACUACAAUAAUGCCAGAUUCGCAAGCAAACGCGCUGAGAACCUGAUAUCGGUAAAAUAUUCUUUCGAUUAUACAAAUUGUGCAAGUACCAAAUUCUCGAUUCCUUUUGCAGACGGACGAAUUUACCGAAUGUUUCUUCCAAUUCGACAGCUCGGUCGUAAUGAUAGGAAAUUUCAACGACACGCUGUUCGACGACUUUCCGUUAAAAUCACAACACACGACUGUACGACUAAUCGGAUUAGAACAAAUCAAGAGUCUGAAGAUCCUACCGGAAGAAAAAGCGUACAAGAUGAAAGAAUCCGAUUUUGAGCACCUACUGCUACCCGCGAACAAUGUUUUCAUGAGCAAUAUCAGUGUGGCAUCUGUCAAAAGCGUUAUGUCCAGCAUAAAAUAUUCGGUCUUGUGGAAUCUGUACGGACGCUACGUAAUCGACCAAACUUGGCGUCGUGAUUCCUGCACGAACGCCUACGCGUAUUUCAAGGUUCUUUGGGAAUUCGAGAUCCAGAACGCUGUAUUUAUGUGCCGCGAUGUCGACGGGGAAAUCUACUUCUUCAUCUUCAAUCCUUUCUCGGAAAGAAUACCGGAAGGUUGGAUCAGUCACCAGAGAGUUCUGCAGAAGAAAGGACAUCCCCUGACGAUCUUCAAACGAGCCUACGAUCGAUUUCUAGGUCCGGUAUCUUUCUGCGAGCCGCCAGUCUUCUUCGACAAGACAACCGCACUCGGAGGCUACCCCAUAAAAAUCAUGGAGCUGAUCGCCCCCGUGAAAGACCUGCCAUACGAGCUACACGAAUACGGUAUCCAGGUAUCGGGCACGAUCGUCGACACCAUCUGGUACAGCCUGAACGCGACGAUGCGCAAGUCCUACUUUCCCUCGUCGCAACGAGGCACCAUCGAUAAAGCCGGUCACCCUGCAGGUCUGCUCAAGCGUCUGCUCCAGGGCGAUUUCGACAUGCAGCUCAACCUGGACUACGAGAGAGACUUCUGGAGGAACCAGGUAUACACCUACCUGGAGAGCGGUAUUUGCUACCUUGCUUGGAAGGACGUCCUUGGCGAGGAGAAGGGCUUCUCCUCGCUCUUCUCCGUUGAGAUCUGGUUGUUACUGGCGUCGACGAUUGCAAUACUGAUCGCAGUCUUUCAGCACCAGCUCAAGGUUAGCUACGCUCAGGUCGCGCUGAACUUGCUGAGGGGCAUCUUGGGGGUGUCCAUGUUCUACGAGCCGAAGAGACCGCUGGACCGGGUGAGCUUCUACGUCCUCGUCUACUCCUUCAUCGUGCUGAACCUAUACUUCCAGAGCAAGCUCCUAUCGCUGCUCACGGCUCCUAUGCUCAAGGAGACCAUACAGUGUCCCUACGACCUGAUCAGGUAUAGGUAUAGAGUCUUCGCGGAGCAUCGCUUCGAGCAGUACCUCUACGACACGGACUUCCAGUACUACACCAGCAGGAUCGAGAGCGUCAAGUUCUGCCUGGACAGGAUGAAAAGCGACAGGAAGGCGGCUUGUGUGUCCGACUGCUGGGCUGGCGCGAUCAUGGUCAUGGGCAAAGAGUACAUGCAGCUCGUCGAAGACGAAGACCUGCCCAAAUACUUUGUGCACGUUUUCAAAGACAACUUUUGCUUGAUAAGAGUGUAUCGGAAGAUGUACAGCAGGCUGUUUCAGAGUGGAAUACUAAGGUAUUUGCAGAAGGUAAAGAUCAGGGUGGCCAGGUCGGGGUAUGAACUGAAACCUGAUGAAGGGAUCACUGGAAUAACACUAGGUCAGGUCAAGUUCGCGUUUUACUUUCUCGUCUAUGGCUUGCUCGGAGCGGGACUGACUUUUUUAACGGAGAUCGCAAUCCGCGAGUUUGGUCAGAAGAAAGUGAUCAAGGUGACGAAAGCGAUUAUUAGGAGAUUCCUCGAUAAGCUCAAGAGGUACUAUUGCAGCUGAAAUAUCCGAAGGUUGAAUAUGAUUACGACUACGAUUUUUCGACUUGCGUCUCGUAACUUUUUUUUGUCGUAUACCAGUCUGCUCAAUCAACAAAUCAGUAUUAUAUAGGUAUCGAUCACCAGCUUGGAUAUAAUAAUUAACAGUGUUAUAUACUCACUA